CAGACGAGUUGAUCACCAUUGAAUCAAACAGGCGGCAUUGCAACAACGCCUACGGAGCCGAGCCUUUUCCUCUCUUCAUGGCUGAAGUGGUUGAGUCUGCACUGCGCACGAUGGACAUUGGGGCGACGAGUCAAAAGGUGGCGCUCAUCGCUGGCGUCACAGGAAUUGUCGGCCAUGCACUCGCCGAGCUUCUGCUGGAUACUGGCGGGUGGAAAGUGUAUGGCAUCUCCAGGAGGCCCAAGGACAACAUGCCGAAAGGGGUCAAGUACAUCCAAACGGACCUCUUAGACCGCGAGCAGACAAAGUCCAAGCUGAGCCCGAUUGCUGACGAAGUCACCAACGUGUUCUAUGUCACGUGGGUGAUGCGCGAGUCCGAGGACAAGAACAUCGAGGACAACACGGCCAUGCUCAAGAACCUGCUUGAUGCCCUGGUCCCCGCCCAGAAGCUGCGCCACCUGAACCUGCAGACGGGCACGAAGCACUAUUUGGGCCCGUUCGACCAGCUGGGCAAGCUGCCCAUCGAGACGCCGUUCAAGGAGGACAUGCCGCGGCUGCCCGUCAAAAACUUUUACUACAACCUGGAGGACGUCACCUUCGAGUACGCGGGCAAGCACGGCUUCAGCUGGAGCGUCUCGCGCCCGCUUGACAUCAUUGGGUUCGCCCCGGGCAACGUAAUGAAUCUGGGCCAGGGCUUCGCUGUGUACGCCGUUAUCUGCAAGCACACGGGGCGGCCAUUCAUCUUCCCCGGGAGCAAGCAACUGUGGGACGGCCUCACCGACUCGAGCGACUCGGAGCUGAUCGCCGAGCACCACCUCUGGGAGGCGACCGAGCCCCGCGCCAAGUACGAGAUCUACAACGUGGUCAACGGCGACGUGUUCCGGUACAAGCGGAUGUGGCGCCGCAUCGCCCAGUACUUCGACAUUGAGCCGGCGGAAUACCCCGGUCACCCGACGGACAUGGCGGACUACAUGAAGGACGCGGGCCCUAUCUGGGAGGAGAUCGUGGCGAAGCACAAUCUGAAGAAGGUGCCCGUCGAGGAGCUGGCGCCCUGGUGGUUCCUCACCGCCACGCUCGGCCGCCCAAUCGAGACCGUCAACGAUAUGAACAAGAGCAAGGAGCACGGAUUCCUCGGUUUCCGGAACACCGAGAAGUCAUUCCCGAGGCUUUUUGACAGGAUGAGAGAGGAGAAGUACAUCCCGUAAGCCUUGCUAGAUAUUCUAGAUGAGCCAGGUGUAACAUAUCUCGCGUGGCGAUGUACGAUAGCCGGCCUUCUCUAGUGUGUAGAGAAGGCCCUGCCUAAUUAGUCAAGCUAGUAGCGCGCAUGUCCUUCAGGGUAGAAAAAUUUUGCCGGGCUUUUUCUAACGAAAAUUGCUGGUGCAGAGAAAAGCUUACUUGCACCAUAUAGUUGGUUUGUAAAUACGUGCAACAACGGAAGGACGCGGCUCAGAGAUCAGAAACCAGCGGUGAUCGAGCAUGGCAGUAGCUUCUCUCUAUGUCAAGAGUUCUUUUAUACACAGUGGGCAAAGGCACGAUCUGCUACGGCGAACAAGUACACUGUUCCGACUAUAAGCCUCUAGCUUAGACACGCUUGGACGGCACAUGUUACCACGAAAACUUCAUGCCAAAUUGGCUUCCGACGAUGUCACGUUUUUUUCCUGAUUGCACGAUCGUUUUUC